AUGGGAGUCAUAAUAAUUAUUAUGUUAGUAACGUUAGAGAGUGGGUGUUUAGGGUUCGUGUUUGAACUGGAAUCGUUAGAAGCUAUACUAUUUCCGAGAAGAAAUGCAGAAGCAGACGCAGACCCAGGAUUGAUUCAAACAAUAUUCCCAAACUUGAUAAACAUCGAGAUGGAUGCGCCGAAAGCAUUGGAAUCGAACUACCCGUGGAUAGCCCGCGUGACGCACUCUAGUGGCUACAACCCGCACGUGUGCACAGCAUCUUGCAUACAUGAACGUAUAUUUAUAACUUCAGCAAGUUGCAUUUUCAGCUUAAAAGUAAAUUUGACGUCGGUAAUUUAUUCUGACACCAUAAUUCCGGCGUUGGCUUUCGUUUUGGCGGAAAACACGACGAAACAGCUAUUCGACGACAUCGGAUUCAUAGUAGUGAAGAAAGAAUACGAGGGCGACUGGUCAACUAUAGAUAUCGUCAACCAAAAUAGGUCCGGUGAAGGUUUCAAAUGGUUCGCCGAUUGGAAACUACCCAAUACUUCAGGAGAGUACAAAGUCGUUGGUUUCGCCACUGACAAGACACUGAAGGAGAAUGCUGCGAGAGUUCCUUAUCAUUUGCACGAGCUGGAUGUAAUAGUAGACAUUAAUUUGUGCUCCACAAUAUUGUCAGUGAACGGAGUAAAGGGUUUCUACACUCCAUGCUACCACUCUUGCACACUUGAAGAACACCAAACGAACAAGAAAUGUGAUAAGUAUCAUGGGGUAGAAGGAGGGGCAGUCGUCGAUGUGAAGGCGCAACAGUUACUAGGUGUUGCUACUUGGAGCGCCGCGACGCGCAAAAUCAUAUUACCUGUUGGAUUUUCAGUCCCCAACUCUAAGGAGUUUUAUGAAAACUACGAAUGCGCUAUGCGUAUCAAGAACGACGAAACUAGGGUAGUAAGAAGACCGAGUCACUACCAAAGUCUGUGUUCUGACUAA